GCUUGUUAAAGAUUCAAUGGCACUUUCCCUUUGUCGAACCAUAAUCAAGCUUACCCCAAUCCCCAAAACCUGCCCUUCCUCUUCUCGUCUCCUCUCCCUCCGCCUCCAAUCCAACCGACCCAACUUCUCCGACGCCGCAGAUCCCUCCUCCGAAGCCGAUCCCCACUCCGAUCCUCUCCUUCGGAGAUUCGAAGACGCCAUCCACCGGAUCAUCGUCCAACGUUCAGAGCCAGAUUGGCUUCCUUUCCUCCCCGGAUCUUCUUACUGGGUCCCGCCACCCACCGCUCAAUGUUAUGGCCUUACCCACCUCCUUGAUAAAUUGGCUAAUCCAUUGACUCCGGAGGACCCUAAUACCUCCAACUCAACUUCAACCACCCUCCGAGGUUGGCCUUCCUCCGACUAUUUCAUCAAAGGCAGAACCCCACAUCCAGCAGAGGUGGACAUGGCUUCAAAUAAUCCAAAAUCGGAGGAAGAGGAAGGAUGAAGAAUGCAAUAAUAUGGGGUGUAGAAAGGGUGUAAGAACACAUUGCUAACCUUUCCGUCAGAUUGGAGUUGUAUAGGUUUAAUGUAGUCUAGUGGAGUAUAAUAAAUUGUUUCUAAACUUUUCGCAGCUCAAAUGCAUUUCAUACCAAGUGUGUUGUAAUUCAUCUGAUUUAGCUUUGUUAUAUUUUGUUCUUGUGUAAAUUAUCAAAUCUUAUGAAUAUUGAUUGUAAAAUUUUAUCUUUAUGAUGUAUCUAUUAUCGAAGUAAAUUUGAAGCUUUCCUCUCGACA